UGCGUCCCCCCCCCCCUUUGCUAGGCGGCUGCUGGGGCGGAGCGGGGCGGAGCUGCGUCUGUUCGCCCAUCCAUCCAUCCGGGCACCAUGGCGGAGGAGCUGGCGGAGCGGCUGGGCCGACGGUUGGGGAUGCGGGAAGGGGAUGCGGAGCAGCAACAGCAGCAGCAGCAGCAGCAGGAUGCGGAGCCCACCCCGGUGCCCCCUGGCAGCCCAGCGAUGCGGGCGGUGGGCAGCGAAGGUUCGCCCGGGGGCGGCCGGAGGCUCUUCAGCCCCGCGGCGGAGUUCCGUGAGUUCUCCCGGCGGCAGCUCCGUGACAUGGAGAGACUCUUCCGACAGUAUGACGCAGGGAAGGAUGGCUUCAUCGACCUGAUGGAGCUGAAGCUGAUGAUGGAGAAGCUGGGAGCGCCGCAGACCCACCUGGGCCUGAAGAACAUGAUCAAGGAGGUGGACGAGGACCUGGACAGCAAGCUGAGUUUCCGCGAGUUCCUGCUGAUUUUCCGCAAGGCAGCAGCAGGUGAGCUGCAGGAGGACAGCGGGCUGCAUGCACUGGCACGGCUCUCCGAGAUUGACGUCUCAACAGAGGGCGUGAAGGGAGCCAAGAGCUUCUUCGAGGCCAAGGCACAGGCGGUCACCGAGGGCAGCCGCUUUGAGGAGGAGAUCCGUGCAGAGCAGGAGGAGAAGAGGAGGCAGGCGGAGGAGAUGAAGCAGCGCAAGGCAGCCUUCAAGGAGCUGCAGUCAGCAUUUGCUCAAUGACCACAGCACGUGGAAGGAGCCACGCCGUGCCGUCACCAUUCCCUGCGUGUCAUCAUGCCCACGACUCGUGCCAAGCUGGUGGCAGCUGUCCCUGUGCUUGGUGCCACGGAGCAGGCGGGUGCGCCCAUCCCACUGCACCCAACGUUGGCUUGGAGGUGGCCUUGGCUCCCCUUGAGCUGCUGGCUUAUUAUGGUGAAAGACGCCCAUAAAGGCCACCGAGGGGAGAGAAGCUUUAUUUUUUGUCUGUCUGUCUUCUAAGCACCCCAAGGGACGGCGUCUCACCUGCUGUCCCUGCAGCAGUGCUUGUGCCGAUGCUGUGAUGUCCCACAAAGGUGUUGUCUCAACAGCUGCUUCCAUUCUGUCCUAUGGAUGUGUUCUUUGCCGUGUUGUUUUCUUUCUUUUUUUUCUUUUUCUUUUUAAAUCCCAAAUAAAUAUUAUAUUUCCUAAGUGUUGUGCUUAUCCAUGCCCAGGGUUGGGUGUCAGUGUGGGACCCCCACGUCCCCUCGAGGCUGGGGUCACGGUCAGGGCCACAUCUGUGGGGUUGCACAUGGGACAAGUGUAUCCAUUCCCAGGUGGGUCCCGAUAAGAAAUAGAACAAGGUGGGCACACAGGCUGUGGGAUUUGGCCACCUGUUAGCAGGCUGAAGGCCACGUUCCCAACGGCUGGAGGUGGCACAGCAAACAUAUAUAAGACGGUGGGCUCCUUGCUCCUGCCACACUGGAAGCCUACAACCAUGCUGGGGGCUGUGUGUAUCGCCGUCCUGCUGGGCUACGGUGGGUGAGGGCAUGAGGAGGGGGGUGUCUGUGGGGCUGGUGGCCGUGCCCAUGCUGAUGUCCCCAUGCUUGGUGUCACACAGCCUACGGACAUGGGCAGCCGGCAGUGCAACCGGUGUUAGGCUCUCGUGUGGUGGGCGGUGAGGAAGCCACUCCUCACAGCUGGCCGUGGCAGGUAAGGGGGACGUGUGCCACCUGGGCUCCAUCUCCACUGUUGGUGA